UCAUUUCCAAGCGCCGGGAGCGGCCGGUACCUGCGGCUGGGCAAUGAGCGCGGAUGACGAGCUGAGCCUGCUGGUCAUCGUCAUCGACACCAACCCGAUCUGGUGGGGAAAGAAAGCGCAAGGAGAAGCUGAGCAGUUCACCCUAUCAAAAUGCAUCGAUGCAGUGAUGGUACUGGGAAAUUCACACUUAUUUAUGAAUCGUACCAACAGGCUCGCUGUAAUAGCGAGUCACACACAAGAAAGCCGUUUCUUGUACCCUGGGAAGCGUUGGGCUUUUGCAGACCUCUUUGGAGAUGGCGGUAGCUCCAUGGAAUCUAAUUGCUCUGGCAGCAAGGAUGGAAAAUAUGAAUUGUUAACAGCAAUAAAUGAUGCAAUUGCAGAAGAGAUUAAAGACCUCAUGACAAAAACUGACAUGAGGGGCCAGCAAACAGAAACUCUGUUAGCAGGAUCACUUGCUAAAGCACUUUGCUAUAUCAACAGGAUGAGCAAAGAGGUAAAAGCCAAUCAAGAAAUUAAAUCAAGGAUUUUGGUCAUAAAAGCUGCAGAAGACUGUGCGUUGCAAUAUAUGAAUUUCAUGAAUGUGAUCUUUGCAGCACAGAAACAGAGUAUUUUGAUUGAUGCCUGUGUCUUGGACUCUGAUUCAGGUCUUCUACAACAGGCUUGUGACAUUACGGGUGGCAUAUAUUUGAAAGUACCCCACAUGCCAUCCCUUCUGCAGUAUUUAUUGUGGGUAUUUCUCCCUGAUCAAGAGCGGAGAUCACAGCUUGUCCUUCCACCUCCUGUUCAUGUUGACUACAGAGCUGCAUGCUUCUGUCAUCGAAAUCUCAUUGAAAUUGGUUAUGUGUGCUCUGUGUGCUUGUCAAUAUUCUGCAACUUCAGUCCUAUUUGUAGUACAUGCGAGACUGCUUUCAAAAUAUCAUUGCCACCUGUCAUGAAAGCUAAGAAGAAGAAAUUAAAGUUAGCUGUGUAACAACAUUAUGCAUAUACCUCCUCCAGUAAUUCCAUGAAAUGGAACGUAUGUGAGAAAUUGAUGAUGGCACUUUUUAUUGGAUAUGAGAGAGAACUGUAUGCAGUGUUACUUCCUCUUUCUUAAGGGAUAAAUAUUUAAAUCAUGUGUUUUCUACACAGUCCUUUAAGUAACAAAUCAUUGUAUUACCAUGUAGCCUGUGCUGUUCUAAAUACUAAUUCGGAAUUCCAGAAGUUACAGCCUGUUAAGAGACAGAUGCUGUGAAGUAAAAGUUAUUCUGGCCGUGGCAAAGUUUCACGCUUCCAAGUUAUUUUCAAAGACAAGAAAGCUAUGAUUAUUUUUUUUAAUGUUAGUGUAAAGGUAAGAAUGAUAACUUCUGGUGUGUAGGAUCAGAACCUUAGCACUAUGUUAUUCAGGGACUUCAGCUGCUUGCUAGCUAUUGCUAGCAAUUUCUGGACUGAAUUUGAAUAUCAAUUUCAAAAAAGAAAAAAGCCAACAUUGCUAAGAUGGCUUAGAACCCACUUUUUUUUUUUUUUUUUAAGGUGCUAAUUCCCCUACAUGUGCACUCAUCUGUAUUCAUAUGCCUUUGUACUGUCUUUGUGGUAUUUCUUUCUCAAUUGGGUAUCACUUAAUUUGUGAAUAAAAAGGUCUCCCUUUGUUUAAAGUAACUUCAAUAAAUGCAAACUAGCUGCUUAGUCUUUCAGGUUGCAUUUUGAAACUGGAAAACAAAAAAAUAUAAAAAUAUUCUAUGUAAUGUGGCAGCAGGAACACUUUUUUUUUUUUAAUGUGGUUUUAUGUCUGACAUUUGGCAAGAAGGAAUGCUUUUGGAUUGGUGUUUUUUAUGUCAGAACAGGAGGAUAUGCUGUGUACUUCUGAACGUGGCUUUAGUUUAAACAAACAACAAAAAAAAGAUCUUCCACAGGUUACUGUAUAAUUUGGUGGCUCUACCUCUUGCUGGUAACUGAUGUUCUCCUGUAAAGAAUACAGAGAGUAAUUGUUUCCUGUAUAGAAAAUGACAAAAUUUUUUUUUCCCAAGACGUAUACAGGAAUUUAUGUCAUGUCUUGAUAAUUGCAUCAGCUUUUUGUCCAUGUAACAGUUGUAAUAAGUGCCAGUCUUCUACGGGCUUGGUAAUUGCCAAAAGCCAUUUUGUUUGAAGGCUGUAUUUAUAAUUUACUUUGUAUAAAACGUUUGUAAUAAAACUUUUUUCAA